GUGACCACAGUGUGGUUGCAGUAGAGCUGAGCCUGCUGCACCAAUUUCUGCUUGAAGACAACACACACUUUAACCACAAUGCCGCAGAACGAGCAUAUUGAGCUUCACCAGAAGCGUCAUGGUCGGCGCCUGGAUUACGAGACCCAUAUGCGGAAAAAGGCUGCAAGAGCCCACAGAGACCUUUCAUGGAAGGCGCAGAAGUUACAUGGAAUAAAGGGCAAACUCUUUGGAAAAGAACGACGGAAGGAGAAGAUUCAAAUGAAGAAGACCCUGAAAGCCCAUGAGGAGAAACUCAACAAAAAGAGGAACAAGGAGGAAGUGCCAGAAGGUGCCAUUCCAUCCUAUCUUUUGGACCGUGAGGGUGAAUCAAGAGCCAAAGUGUUGUCUAAUAUGAUCAAACAGAAGAGGAAGGAGAAGGCUGGUAAAUGGGAUGUUCCACUUCCAAAAGUUAGGGCACAGUCUGAAGCAGAAGUGUUCAAAGUUAUCAAGACUGGUAAGAGAAGAAAGAAAGCUUGGCAGCGUAUGGUGACUAAAAUUACUUACGUGGGUGAUAAUUUCACAAGAAAGCCUCCCAAGUUUGAAAGGUUCAUUAGACCAAUGGCACUCAGGUUCAAGAAGGCUCAUGUUACACAUCCAGAACUGAAAGCAACAUUUUGCUUGCCCAUAAUUGGAGUGAAAAAGAACCCAAGUUCAACCAUGUACACAUCACUGGGAGUGAUUACAAAGGGUACUGUAAUAGAAGUGAACAUUAGUGAACUGGGUCUUGUAACCCAGAGUGGUAAAGUUGUUUGGGGCAAGUAUGCCCAAGUUACAAAUAAUCCAGAAAAUGAUGGUUGCAUUAAUGCAAUUCUGUUGGUGUAAGAAAGUUAAUUUCAGACGAUUUCUGAACCUGGAUUCCAAAGCCUACUUGAAAGAAUAUAUGUGCUGUUGUAUUCUACUGCCACCAUGCAGAUCUUCGUUAAAACAUUAACGGGGAAGACCAUCACCCUUGAGGUCGAGCCUUCAGAUACUAUCGAAAAUGUGAAGGCAAAGAUCCAGGAUAAGGAGGGAAUUCCCCCAGACCAACAGCGUCUUAUCUUUGCUGGCAAGCAACUAGAAGAUGGUCGUACUCUGUCUGACUACAACAUCCAGAAAGAAUCGACUCUUCACUUGGUACUGCGCCUUCGUGGUGGUGCCAAGAAGCGCAAGAAGAAGAAUUACACUACCCCCAAGAAGAUUAAGCACAAGCAUAAGAAGGUUAAGCUUGCUGUGCUGAAGUACUAUAAGGUGGAUGAUAAUGGCAAGAUCACCCGCCAGCGCCGUGAGUGUCCCAGUGAUGAGUGUGGUGCUGGUGUAUUCAUGGCCAACAUGUUUGAUCGUCAGUACUGUGGAAGAUGCCACUUGACUUUUGUCUUUAAUAAGCCAGAAUAAAGUUGAUGGUAGUUA